GUCGUGUUUGUUGCACCGUGUGCCCUGUCCGGCACAAACAGAAGGCGAAGGUGGAGCCCGGUUAUCGUUGUUGCUAAUUUCGCACUUGCGGGGCCUUUUAUUGCCGGGUGUUUAUCAGGCGCAGCGGAACGGCCCGGAUAAUUUGAGAGUCAGCUAGCGGAGGGCGCGCGGAGAAGGGUGGCUGACUUCAUUCACCUCGCCGGUUUCUCGAAUUUCUCGCCGGCCAGGUUUUAUGGCAACGCUGCGCUGUGCGGCCCGGGGGGCGCGUGAUAAACAGGUGCUGAUGUUAUCCCUAUAAAAACUACAUCCGAUAUGUACGACGGAAUUCAGUGCAGCGCGAACAGACAACCGAUACGCACAGGUUCCACGGCAGGAAGGCGGUUUUCGAUUUUGAAGUGAGCUAGCGUGUGUGUGUGUGUGAGUGCCAAGCGAGAGAGGGCGGAAAGAAGAAAUAAAAAAAAAAUAAUAGACAGAACGAUGCGUCAUUCGCUGAUGCCGACAGUGAUUGGGACAAUUUUGCUGGUGGUGGCGCCGCUGCUAGCCCACACGCAGGAGCUGGCGGCAGUGAGUGGUGCAGCAGUGCGGUGCGAAACGGUCGGCUCGCUUCCGGCCGACGAGACGGACCGGUGCAGUGACGCGUACUAUCGCUGUGAGCUGCGGCCAACGGACAGCGUGCCGGUUCCGGUCGCUGCGCAAUGUUCCGUCGGACGCGUGUACUCGCGCGAAGCGCGCCAGUGCGUGGACGCGGCGACGGUCGGGUGUAGCGGCAUUGCGUUUGCCGGCCCGCGUGACGUCGGCUUCCAGUGUACGUCCAGCGGUAGGUUUCCCGAUCUGGACGCGCCCGACUGCAAGGCGUACUUUCUGUGCACGAAGAACACGGACGGUUCGCUGAUACCGGCCCGGGUGACCUGCCCGGGGACGACCAUCUUUUCGCCGGAAAAGAUGUCGUGCGUUUCGUCGCCGCCCAAUGUGUGCCCGCAGGCAUCGACGGCGGCGCCGCCACCGAGCACAGCCGUCACGCCCGGACCGUUCGUGUGUCCCGGCGAGGGCCGGUACGCGAACGAACAGUCGCCCGACUGCCAGACGUACUACCUCUGCCUGUACUCUGGCAGCAGUCUGGUGGCGCAGCUGGCGCGGUGCGCCUCUUCCAUGGUGUUCUCUCCGGCUGAGGGCAGUUGCGUUUCCUCCGACCAGUACAGCUGCCCGAAUCUGGUGACGCCAUCACCGACAGUCCCGACGACGACUUCAACGACGUCGCAAUCAACGCCUGAGCCAUCAACGAAUAUCCCGCUGACGACGCCAGGUUCUGCAACUCCUGAGCAAACGCCUGAGCCAUCAACAAUUAUUCCGUUGACGACGCCAGGUUCUGCAACUCCUGAGCCAACGCCCGAACCAUCAACGAAUAUCCCGCUGACGACGCCAGGUUCGGCAACUUCUGAGCCAACGCCCGAACUUUCAACGAAAAUCCCGCUGACGACGCCAGGUUCUGCAACUCCUGAGCCAACGCCUGAGCCAUCAACAAUUAUUCCGUUGACGACACCAGGUUCUGCAACUCCUAAGCCAACGCCUGAGCCAUCAACGAUCAUCCCGCUGACGACACCAGGUUCUGCAACUCCUAAGCCAACGCCUGAGCCAUCAACGAUCAUCCCGCUGACGACACCAGGUUCUGCAACUCCUGAGCCAACGCCCGAACCAUCAACGAAUAUCCCGCUGACUACGCCAGGCUCUACAACUCCUAAGCCAACGCCUGAGCCAUCAACGAUCAUCCCGCUGACGACGCCAGGCUCUACAACUCCUAAGCCAACGCCUGAGCCAUCAACGAUCAUCCCGCUGACGACGCCAGGCUCUGCAACUUCUGAAGUGACGCCCGAACUUACAACAAACAUUCCCCUUACUACACCAGGUACGGCGUCAUCCUCAACUGUUGAGUUAACACCUGAGCCAACAACAAACAUUCCGCUAACAACGCCAGGCCCAAGCUCGACUUCAACAACUCCUGAGGCCACAACGAACAUCCCGCUGACGACACCAGGCACUGGAACUGCCUCAACCACCAACUUGCCACAAACAACGCCCGGUGAAGGCCCAUCUCCGACAACUCCUGCACCAACUGCCGCGCCAACGACUGCCAUCCCGUUGACCACGCCGGGUGCAGUCACGCCAACUACACCGUCCGUGCCGGUACCGACCACAACAGCAACGCCUGAGCCACGGACGGACCUCCCGCUGACUACGACGCCGGGUCUGGAACCGUCCUCAACGACGACUGAUGCCGCCACCGCCACGACCACCGACAGUGUGGACGGGACGGAUACGACCGACCGAUCCGACGCUACCGACGGCGCAACGAACACAAUGCCCACCACCACCACCACCACGUCCGGCGCGUUCCAGUGCCCGAACGAGGGCCGCUUUCCGAGCCCGGACGCUACCGGCUGCGAAUCGUACGUGCUGUGCGUGCGCAACAGCCUCGGCACGCUGACGCCGCUCCAGUUCACCUGCCCGCCGACCACCAUCUUUUCGCCGACCCGCGCCAUGUGCGUGACGGCGGCCCUGCACACGUGCGGCCAGGAGACGACCAGCGUCGCGCCACCGGCCACGACGACCACGACCGUACCGCCGCCGCCACCACCGACGCCCACCCCGUUCCAGUGUCCGGACGUGGGCCGCUUCCCGAAUCCCGACUCGCUCUACUGCAAGUCCUACUACCUCUGCCUGUACAGCCUGGCCGACGGCAACACGAAUCUGAUCAGUGUGGAGCUGAGCUGCCCCACUGGCGCCAUUUUUGCCACGGACGCGAGCCGCUGCGUCAAGGAGGAGGGUUACCGGUGUGGGGUGGGCGGCGGCGCUACCACUGCCGGUCCGGAGACGACCACGACGGCGGCGGCGACGACGACGACGACGACGACAACCACCACCACCACCACUACGACCCCUGCGCCUACGACGACCACGCUCGGGCUGGAGGGUGCGUGCCGGACGGCCGGCAAGUUCCCGACCGGGGUCGACUGCCGCUCGUACCAGUUCUGCGUCCAGCUGCCGUCCGGCGAGCUGGUCGAGUUUAUCUUCCAGUGCCCGGGCACCACGCAGUACGACGAGCAGAAGCGGGCGUGCUCGGACCGCUACGUGUGCACCCGCGGCCUGAUGUGAUGGACACUUCCCCAUUCAUCUCCCUCCUCGUCCUCCCCAAUUGGUGACACGCUGUAAUUAGGUGUUUAGCUGUUUUUUUGUUUUGUUUCUUCUCUGCUGUGCUUUCGCUGCGCACCUCUAGGUGACCUGGUUUGAGUAAUAAAUUAUUUUAUGCUGUGCAA